CAUAAUUUUGUAAACCUCGAUAAGGUCACUCCAUAGCUUUAAUGUGGAAGAAUGUUUUUAAAAGAGAAAUGAAAAGGUAAAAUCACGAAUAUUUGAGAAUCAAGUUGAAAAGCCAAUCUAUUCCCCCCUCAUUAAAUAUAUGGAUAAACACAGGCCUUGUACUAGCUUGUAUGGAGCAGGCAUCUUCCAUAUAUUAUUGUUCCAUGCCGGGAUAUCAGUUCGGGAAUGACAUUUGUCCUGAGUACACUGGAAGUGGAUUGAAUCAGCCGGGAUACUUCCAAUCUCCACCAGAAGCCACUCCGAGGAAGUUUAAAAUUACGUUUGAUGGUAGCCAGAUAAUUAAAUAUCUAUUAGGAACUCACUUUCGGGACCACUUGGUUGUAAUGCAGCGCUCCGAAAGCUAAUGCUUCCAAAUAAACCUGCUGGACUAUAACCUACUGUGAUGUGAUUUUUAAACUUUGUCCACCUUAGUCCAACACCGAUACCUCCAGAUCCAUAUUUCUCCCGAAGUGUUGCUAAACAACUUGGGCGGCACUGCAAAACAGACGCCUGGAUUGGUUUAGAAAAACGUCAAUCAAACAACAGUCCAGCUUCCUGUCAUGUGAAACUUGGUACACAAGGAGGAAGUGCGGAAUACAGUUAUUCCACUGCUUGGAGCAGUUUAAGUCCAGCAGUGAGUGAGAAGGCGCAGCCAGGGAAAAAAAAAUCAAUGGAGGACGAACUGAACCCCACAUCAGCAUUUGAGAAAGACCCGUUCAAGCUCACAGCUGAAGACGUCUACGAUAUGUCUUAUGUCAUUGGCCGCGAUUUAUUCAAACUCAGUAGCUCAGAAGACAGCCGUACAGUCUCCGAACUGCAAUAUAAGGUCAUCAGAGUUCUAGAAAUAUUCGAGUUGCUGGUGGACAGGCAGAACCUAACAGUCGAGAAACUGAAAAUUGAACGGGACAAUUUGAGGAAGGAAACGGAAAGGCUUCACAGUGAACUCCAAAAUGCAACAAGCGAUUCAGAGAAGCCGCAAAAGAAUGGAACAGACAAACUGGUGAUCGAUGUCAAUGACCCAAAUCGGCCUCGUUUCACACUUCAGGAACUGACGGAUGUGUUGCAAGAACGCAAUAAACUUAAAGCGCAGUUACUCGUUGCUCAAGAAGAACUGGAGUGUUAUAAAAGCGGAUUAAUCCCUACAAAAGAACCACAAAGUCUGGAAAAGGUGUCUGGUGCAAAUCGUGAAAGUGAACAAACUACAGUUAAGAAACUGUUUUCUCUUAAACAUCGAAAAAAUCAUUAAGCAUGUUGGACACAAGGAUCUUCAAAAAAGUUUUCUAAGCACUGAUUAUUUUCAUACUCAUAACUGAUUAUUUUCUUAAACAGAAUGGCGGCACUCUGAAAACAGUAUAUUGAUGCAGGAAUUUCCAAAGUUUAAUUUUCUAAAGAAUUUGAAAAAUAGGUUUUGCUAUGUGUAAUAAUAAAAUGAUGUGUUUUUCUAUGUAGCGCAAGAAUGCAAAAAGAAAUUAAAGUAGAUUUAAUUUCAAAGUA